AUGAGCGCAGCAGGCUGGGUACUCUUGGGGCUCACUCUGAGGUUUGGGGCCACCCUUGCUAAGCCAGAGGAGGGCAACUUUUGCUCUAAGAGCCAGGUGGCCUUUAGAGAUGCUUGCUAUGAAUUUGUGCCAUUCAGGCGCACCUUCCAUGGUGCCCAGAGCUGGUGUGAGGAGCAAGGAGGCCAUCUGGUCUUCAUUCGUGAUGGAGACACUCAGCAGUUCCUGCAGAAGUACAUCUUGCAGGACAGGGAGUGGUGGAUCGGACUCACAGGGAACUGGGCACAGAACGGAACUACAGAAGGGCCGGGGACCUGGCUGGACACCUCGAAUGUGAGCUACAGCAACUGGCGCCGAGGGCUGGCCGCACCUGCCGCCGACACCUGCGGCUACAUCGGGAGAGGCCCUUCCUCCGAGUGGGCGGCCACGGCCUGCACGCAGGCCUUCGCCUUCAUCUGCCAGCGUGGGGUUGGCCAGAGCCUGGCCUGCGAGGGCCUCAAUGCCACCAUGCACUGUGGCUCGGGGGAGGUCAUCCAGAUCCAGGAUGCCUUCUACGGGCGCCAGACCCCCCAUUAUUGCACCCAGAAUGCUGGGAGUCCUUUGGACCUGGAAGAGGAAUGCAGCUGUGUCAGCGUCAAGGACGAAGUGGCAGGCCAGUGCCAGGGGCUGCAGGCAUGCCAGGUGGCGGCAGAUGGGACCUACUUUGGAGACCUGUGUCCAACUCGGGGCAGCUACCUGUGGGUGCAAUACCAGUGCCGGGAAGGCCUGCAGCUGAUGGUGUCCAAUGAGAGUUUUAUCUUUGACAACAUCACCAUCUCCCUGACAUGGCUUCUCUCCCCCUAUAUCGGAAACCUGUCCUGUAUAAUUAGUACGGGAGAUGGCCACAUUUUUGAUCCCUACUACCCUCCCAGUGGGGCUGAUAGUCAGCUACACACACUGUACAGCCGUACCAGCUCUCAUGGGGUUUACACCAUCACCACUGUCAUCACCAUCACCAUCAUCAUCCUCAUCCAAACAGGAAGAACAGAGGUGACUUAUACUGUGUUUUCCGGCAACAUAACCCUUGCUGAGUUCAACGCCCAGUGGGGCUCUCUACCCUACAAUCUGACCCUGGACAGAGAAACCCAGGAACUGAUGGGCCCUGGGAUGCACCCCCUGGAGAUUCGAGCCGUCAGCAACACCACCUCUGCACCCUCUAGAAACAUCACAGUCCACUUCGUGCAGCCCCUGUCAGGGUUGCAGGCCUCCUGGGCUUCUAACCAUUUGGAGCUCGGACAGGACCUGUUGAUCAAUGUCUCCGUGGUUCACGGCAUCCCAGAGAAGCUGACCUUUGAGGUGGCAGGACUCAGCACAACCUUCUCCCAUGAGGAAGAGAGCUUUGGGCAACCAUUUGGGAUGUACCAUGUGACAGUUCCUGUUGAAGGCACCUUUCUGGUCACUGUGCGCAUGCAGAAUGCCUUCUCAAACUUGAGUUUGGAUAUCGGAAGCGUCACUGUCACAGCCCCUGACAGUCUCCAAGAACCAUCUGGAACAAAUGCUGAAGAAAAGAAUGGAGACAAAGACGACGUGGAGGUGUACGUUGAACCUGGUCUGUACGUGGAUCCUUUCACGACAGUGACCCUGGGCUGGCCAGAUGACGACAAGGACUUACGUUUCCAGUGGUCAUGUG